ACGAGGGAAAAAGGAAAGUAAUUGUUAAGAGAGAAAAAAAGAAAAAAAAUGGAGGAGGAGAUUUUUCCUCAUAUGUUUCAUGAACACCCGCUGAGUCGGAUCCCCAACUCGGCCGAGAAAACUGAUUACAACCUUAACUGUUACGGUUGUAUGAGAUUAUUCAUACCCGGAGAUGCAACCUAUGGAUGCAGCCGCUAGUGUGGACUUAAGUUGUCGUUACACAAAGAAUGCAUGGAAAUGCCUCAAGAGAUUACGCAUCCUAUCCAUCUUUCACACCCUCUCACACUCCAUGAAUCAAUAUAUUAUGAUGGAUCAAAAAAAUGUGCUGUUUGUGAAGGGAUUGUGUGGGGGUUAAGCUAUAAAUGUAGCCAAGGGGGCUGUGAAGGAUUGCGGAUCCACUUGGGAUGCGCAGGGUUUCCUAAUUAUAAGCAGCCGGUAAUGAAGCACCCGAGCCACCCUCAACAUGAGCUGCGAUUUUCCAAGAAAACGAGGUGGUGCCCAUUCCCCUGUGAUGCCUGUGGUGCCACUGAGAAAGGGGACUCCUACACCUGCACUGUAUGUGACUAUUGCAUACACGAGAGCUGCGCACUUCUCCCACUGUCUGCAGACUUCCCUCGUCAUCACCCUGCCCACUCUCUCUCCCUCGCUUUUUCUAUUCCAUCUGAGUACAUCAAAUAUGAUUUUGAUUGUGCUAUAUGCUACACAACGUUGCCAUUGAUGCGCUGGGUCUAUCAUUGCAGCCUUUGUAGAUAUGUCGUCCAUCUCAACUGCGCCACCUCCACAGUUGAUAGUGAUAAUGAAAAUGCAAUUGAUGAUGAGGAAGACGUUGCCACGUUUCCAAUGGAUGAUAAUGUUAUAUAUGAGGAGAUGAUCCGACCCUUCGUUAAGCGAGAAUGUGGACAAAUUCACAUCCCGCGUCAUGAUCAGGACAAUCACAACACCGGUGGCAAGUACAGCUUCUCCAAUCACCCUCGUCAUCUACUAACUUUUACUACAUUUUCAUCAUCUUCAUCAUCAUCAUCAUCUCAAGAUCACUACAAAAAAGAUGAUGAUGAUGAUGAUGAAGAUGAUUUUGAUAGUAUUCCAAGAUUGGAAUUAACAUGUGAUGGGUGCACACUGCCUAUACGUGAAAAGAAGCAAACAGAUGAUGAUGAUGAUGAGUAUGAGAAUGGUUACAUGAGUUGUGACGAAUGCAAAUAUUUUCUUCACUUGUCCUGCUUCAACUUGCCACUACACAUCCCCUCUCUUCCAAUUCAUCCUUACCACAAUCAAAGCCUGAUACUUCAAAGUGCAGGCAAGCUAACAGAUCUGGCAUACUGUCAUAUUUGCGAUGGUCGUACGAAUGGGCUCUAUUAUGAGUGUACCAACUGCUGGUUCAAAAUAGACAUCAAGUGUGCUUCUCUGCCCACCACCAUAAAACAUGCAGCUCACCCGCGACAUAAUUAUCUAAAGUUUGUCGAUGGCAAUAUUGGGUCUGGCUUUUGUAUUAACUGUCAUGAGUUUAUAUUACCAGAUGAUGGGCAAUACAAAUGCAAUAGGUGCAGAGUCACUGUAUGUGGUAGAUGUGUGAUGUUACCGGCAACAAGUAAGCAUAGACAGGAGAAUCAUUUGUUGUCUUUGACAUACGAUGCCCAUAUCAACCGUCCUGGCGACUUCUACUGCAGCAGCUGCGAAUCCCAAAUGGACCCCAGGAGCUGGAUGUACCAUUGCCGGGACUGUGAUCAAUCCUUUCAUCCCAAUUGCAUACCCACUACAUCGGGCCGGUUUAGAAACAUCAAAUAUGGGACAGAUCAGUAUAUGAUUUCGAGUAUUCAUGACCACCCUCUUGGAUUUCAAAUCGUAACCAACAAAAAGAGAUGUGACUUAUGUCAUAGAGAUAAGUAUGAUAAGCUUGGUUUUCAAUGUGUGUCGUGUUAUUUUGUCGUGUGUAAAUCUUGUGGUGUGAAACACAUUGAUCAUAUUUGAGGUCAUCUUGUUUCAUAUCGAAUCUUGUGUGUGCAUAUGCAGAUUGUUGAAUUUCAUGUAUGGUCUCGUAAUGUGC